AUAAAGCAGCUACAAGGCAGAGAAAUUGAGGCUCUGGUUAGGAAAAAGAAGGAAGCAUGAAUAAUGUAUAGGCAGCUGGGAUCAAGUGUAUGUCUGGAGGAAUAUGGAGGAUUGAGGAGCCUACCUAAGAAGAAUGUCAGGAGGGCAAAAGGGGGUGCAUGAGAUAGCUCUGGUAGAUAAGAUUUAGAAGAAUCCACAGAGAUUUUUUGUAUAUUAAGGGAACAAAGGUAAUGAGAGAGAAUAUGACUCCUCUGAAACCAAAGUGGUUGCCUAUAUGGGGAGCUGCAAGAAAUGGGCAAUUAAUAUUUAUCCUCUUUUUGCACCACGUAGAAAGGCAUGAAGACCAAGGCACUUGGUAAAGUUAAUGGAGAUGCCUCGAGGAAGUCUGUCAAGGAGGUGCUGGAUAUCCUAAGACUAUGAAGAUAACUAAUUCUCCCAGGUCAGACCAGAUAUAUCCAAGGAGACUGGGAAGCGAGAGAAGAAAUUGCAGGUGCCCUGGUUGAGAUCUAUGAAUCAUCAUUCGACAUGGGUGAGGUGCCGGUUGACUGGAGGGUGGCUAAUAUAGUGCUUCUAUUUAAGAAAAGCUGCAAAAUGAAAUGUUGAAGACUAUAGACCAGUAGGCCUAACAUCUGUGGUAAGCAAGUUACUGGAGGGAAUACUGAGGGACAAGUACAAGAAGGGGAAGGAUGGGGGCUAAUUAGGAAUACUCAGCAUUGUUUAGUUUGUUGGAGAUCGUGUCUCACAAUUUGAGUAUUUUGAAGAUGUAACCAAGCAGGUUGUUGAGGGCAGGGCCAUAUACAUUGUCUAUAAAGCCUUUGAUAAGGUUUGGAAUUUUGUGAGAGUUAGCUAACUGGAUGCAGAAUUGACUUUGUGGUAUGAAGUAGAGGGUGGUGGUGGAAGCUUGUUUUUCAGACUGAUAGUCUCGGACUAGUGGAGUGCCUCAUAGGUCAGUAUUGGCCCAUUAGUGUUUGUCAACUAUAUAAACAAUUUUGAUGAGAAAUUACAAGACAUGAUUAGUAUUUUGCUGAUGGCACUAAAUAUAGGGGUAUUGUAUAUCGUGAAGAUGAUUUACAUGAAUUACAAAGGGACCUUGAUCAGCUGGGCAAGUGAGCUGAGGGCUGGCAAAUGGAAUAUAAUUCAGAUAAGUGUGAGAUGUUGCAUUUUGCAAAGUUGAACCAGGGCAGAACCUUCACAGCGAACAGUAGGGUCCUGGGGAAUGUCGUAGAGCAGAGCGAUCUAGGAGUACAAGCUUCCUGAAAGUGGCAAUGCAGGUAGAUAGGGUGGUGAAGAAGGCUUUUGGCACGCUGGCCUUCAUUAGUCAGGUGACCGAGUAAGAAAUCGGGACAUUAUGUUACAGUUGUACAAGAUGUUGUUGGUGAGGCUGCACUUGGAGUAUUGUGUUCAGUUAUGGUUACCCUGCUAUUGGAAAGAUGCCAAUAAACUGGAAAGAGUGUAGAGAAUAUUUAUAAGAAUGUUGCCAGGUCUCGAGGGACCAGGGAGAAAUUGGCCAAGCUAGGACUUUAUUCUUAUUAACACAGGAGGUUGAAAGGUGAUUUUAUAAAGCUAUAUAAAAUCGAGAUGGAUAGGGUGAAUGAAUGCACAGUCUUUUCCCAGGGUAAGCGGUUUAAGAUGAGAAGGGAAAGAUUUAAUAGGAACCCGAGGGGGAACCUUUUCACACAGAGGGUGGUGGGUAUAGAGUGGGUUGCCUGUUAAUAAUUUGCUGAAUGUUGACCAUGAUGAUGGAAUGGUCUGAAUAAAUGACUUGGAAAUUGUGGGCAACAGUGUGCAAAACAUAAAAAAUAUUAUUAAUAGGAUAGUAGGUAUAUGGAGCGAGCUGCCAAAGGUGGUAGUUGAGACAGGUACAAUGAAAGCAUUAAGAGUCACUUGGACAGGUGCAUGGGUAGGGAAGUUUUAGAGGAAUAUGGACGAAAUGCAGACGAAUGGGACAAGCGUAGAUGGGACACCUUGGUUCGCAUGGACAAGUUGGGCUGAAUAAUAGGUUUGUGUGCUGUAUGAGUAUUACAUUUUGUAAUUUUGUUUUUUUUGGGGGGGGGGGGGGAUUUCUGAGAACAAGAUAUAACCAUCAAAACCAUCAAAGCUGAUAAUCCAGCAAAUGAAAGAGGCUAGCUCCCAGGCAGCAAGACAUGUUCAUCAUUAAGACUUUUGUAUGACAAUCCAGUCCAGGAGGAUCCACUCCGCUGUACUAGAGACAAAUCCGGUCCGAUCCAAAGCCCUGUACUCCAGGUCCUGUGUUGCCUGCUGUCUGCCAGUCGCUCAGUCUCACUGCAGGGAGGAGUGAGUGAAUGGGUGGGUGGAUGGUUGGAUUGCAGCACAUCAUCGUUUCCCGGCACUACGGGGCUGUGCGCCGACUGAGAGCCGUUAUUCAGCCGUGAAGAGGCAGAAGCCGGUGGAUGCAGCAAGACCUUCGGUUGCACCGUGCAGUUGAUGUGGACUGAUCACCACGAGCAGCGGCCGUGUGUGGUAGGUUUGAACUGGUAAACAAGGAGACAAGCACAUUCUGUAUUUUUUCUUUGCUGGUGUGCUGAUGGGAAUAAUGAGAUAACUUCCCCGUUUAACCGAAGGCCAUUGUGCAACUACAGCCGUGUACAACACACCACCAACAGUAGCCAUGAGCUCGGAGGAGAAAAACAUGUCACCGGCUCACAAGGUAUCAACUCCCACUCACAGGAGUGCCUCGUUGUCAUCUUCCUCUCUUCGAGAGAGCAGACCGGAUGGUGACAAUUGGGAAAUCAUUGAAGGAUUAAAAAUUGGACAGACGAAUGUCCAGAAACCAGACAAACACGAGGGGUUCAUGUUGAAAAGAAGAAAAUGGCCCUUAAAAGGAUGGCAUAAGCGCUUCUUUGUCCUUGAAAAUGGAAUGUUAAAAUACUCCAAGACACCAAUUGAUAUUCAGAAAGGCAAACUUCAUGGAAGUAUUGAUGUUGGGUUGUCCGUCAUGUCGAUCAAAAAGAAGACACAAAGGAUUGACCUUGACACAGAAGAACAUAUAUAUCAUCUAAAGGUAAAAUCUCAGGAAGUGUUUGACGCUUGGGUUACAAAACUGCGGCAUCAUCGACUGUACCGUCAGAAUGAAAUAGUGAGAUCGCCCAGAGACGCCAAUUUUCAAGUGUUCCCUCCAUUACCAAAACCUGACCUAUCGCCAGCUCUAAACGCUGCUGUACUAGACGUAAAGACCCAGCAGAACAGUUUUGCACGUAAGCCCUCCAUUCCGUGCAGUACAAGUCUACCUACUUCCUACAGCAACAGUCAAACCAAAGUCGCAGUUUGGUUGCUGGAAUCUGAAGAGAUGAAUAAGUGUGCAAAAGAUCUUGCACAUUGCCAGUCAAGUCUGGUCGAACUCGGUACACUAUUACAAAAUCUAGAAAUUCUGCAAAGGACCCAGUCCGCUCCAAAUUUCACUGAUAUGCAGGCAAAUUGCAUAGAUAUUGCAAAGAAAGACAAGCGUGUCACCAGAAGAUGGAGAACAAAAAGUGUCAGCAAAGAUGGAAAAUUGCAGCUUCAGGUUCCCUCCAGUGCUACCGUGUCUCCGCUUCGUUUACACUCUUCCAAUCCUAAUCUAUCUGCUGACGUUGGAGAAUAUCCCAUACCACCAAGUCCACUGGCAGAGUUCCCCGACUCCUCCGCGGAUUACACUAAACUUCAAGAAGAGUUUUGUCUUAUUGCGCAGAAAGUGCAAUGUCUUUUAAAGUCUGCCUUCAACACGGUAGCAAUAGAAAAGGAAAAGCUGAAGCAAAUGCUCUUGGAGCAAGAGCAUUCUGGCCACAAUUCCCAAUUCUACACUCUUAGGAGAACACUCUCCCAGCCAAGCGACAAGAUUCAUGUCAGUAUCCCAUUGUCACAGCAGGACUCCAAUGGGAGCAGGCUCUCCAUGUCUGAAUCUGUGUCGGAGUUUUUUGAUGCCCAAGAAGUACUUCUAUCAGCGAGCUCUUCAGAGAAUGAGGGAUCUGAUGAUGAAUCUUACGUUAGUGAUGUCAGUGACACUAUUUCUGAAGAUAAUGCCAGUGUCGCAGAGAAUGCUUAUCGGCGAUUUUCCGAUGGUGAACUCUUGGGUGGCGCAUUUCGAAAUGGCAGACGCACAUGUCUUCCAGCCCCAUCGCCUGACACAAGCAGUAUCAAUCUGUGGAACAUCCUGAGGAAUAACAUCGGUAAAGACCUGUCCAAGGUCUCCAUGCCUGUUGAGCUGAACGAGCCCCUCAAUACUCUACAGCAUCUGUGCGAGGAAUUGGAAUACUCUGAAUUGUUAGAUAAGGCCGCUGAAACUGAUGAUCCGUAUGACCGAAUGGUGAUGAUUGCAGCAUUUGCAGUUUCAGGAUAUGCAACAACAUAUUACAGAGCCACAUUUAAGCCCUUUAACCCAGUCCUUGGAGAGACAUAUGAAUGUAUUCGAGAAGAUAAAGGAUUCAGGUUCUUUGCAGAGCAGGUCAGCCACCAUCCACCCAUCUCUGCCUGUCAUUGUGAAUCAAAGAAAUUUGUGUUUUGGCAAGAUGUCAGAUGGAAGAAUAAAUUUUGGGGCAAAUCCAUGGAAAUACUCCCAGUGGGAAGAGUGAAUGUCAUGCUACCCAAAUAUGGAGAUCAGUUUGAAUGGAAUAAAGUUACCACCUGCAUACAUAACAUUCUUAGCGGUCAACGAUGGAUAGAGCACUAUGGAGAAAUUACCAUUAGGAACACAAAAAACAACUCAUGCAUUUGUAAACUGAGCUUCGUUAAGGGAAAUUACUGGAGUUCAAAUGUAAACGAGGUCCAAGGAUUUGUGAUGGAUCAGGAGGGGAAAGUGGUGCGGCGGAUGUUUGGCAAGUGGCAUGAAGGCCUGUACUGUGGCGUUCCACCUUCUGCCAAAUGCAUAUGGAGACCUGGCUCCAUGCCAACAAACAGUGACAUAUAUUAUGGUUUUACAAGAUUUGCCAUCGAGCUGAAUGAAUUGGAUCCAGUAAUGAAGGAGUUCCUCCCGCCUACUGACGUGAGAUUUAGACUAGAUCAGAGAUACUUAGAAGAAGGAAAUGUCCAAGCCGCUGCUUCUGAGAAGCGCAGAAUAGAAGAACUGCAAAGAGUGCGGAGAAGAUUAAUAGAGGAAAACAAUACCAUUUAUCAGCCUCGCUUUUUUAAGAAAGUUUCUGAAAGUAAUCAAAGAGAAUCCUGGAUGAGCAUUGGAAACUACUGGGAACUGCGAAAGGAGCCAGGGUUUAGUAAAUUAGAAAGCUUAACACUCUGGUAAUUUGAAGAAGUAAAAAUAACAUUCUUCACAAGAAAACAAUAACUAUGCAUAAGUUAUUAUUGCUAUUUUAAUUCCUACUGCGUUCCUGUGGUUUAGCUGGUCAUACGCUGAGGUGCGCCUAUUUAAUAACGGGCAUAAUUAUAAAUAGGUCAUGACCCAAACACUGCUGGUUCAAAAUAUUGUUUUCCACUAAAGCUGUGAAUUUUUGGUAAACCAAAAGUUUAAUUUAAAGUGAAUGCACAAGAAUAGGGAUGGCUGUUUGACAGUCAUAUAUUUAUUAAAAUAAUAUAAUCUUAAUGAAACAUUAAUAAUUAUCAUGGCUUUUUGCAAGUGGUUUCAUUGUUCAUUUUCAUGCCUUAAGAACAGUGAACAUAUUUUUUGUUCUGAAGAUCUACUGAAACUCAACUCAUUUUCAAAUUGAAUAAUUUAUCAUAUCAAAGGUUUAUGCCUGGAGUACAAAAACAUACACUAGUGUGUUUAAACCUAAUGAUUAAGUAUGUCACAUUCGGCCUUUGCAGCUUUUCAGGCAACCUUUAUUUUCAAUUGGUUUUCCAUUUGUGUCAACUUUUUAAAAAGUUACCUUACAAUAUUUUUUUCAAUAUUUAAUCACUGAUUAAUGUGUUCAUAAAGUCCGGCUAUCUAUUAACAUCAGUCUUGAAAGUGCAAAUAAGAAGCUUUGUUCACAAGUAAUGCAUACAAGUACAUGAAGUAUAUGGAGUUUCCUGUCAGCAGACAUUUGUUAGCUUAUUUAGUCUGCUGGGUGUAAGCAAUGGUACUGUGCAAUAAAAACCUGCUAUUGAAUGCCGUGUUAAUGGAGAUAUUAAUUUAAAUGGAAGUUAUGCAUAGAAACAAAUCCACAGUAGCAGUAAGUGGAGUAGGACAAGAGUUUGAUGAUCAGCCAUGAUCAUAUUGAAUGGCGGUCGGUGCAGGCUCGAAGGGCCGAAUGGCCUACUCCUGCACCUAUUUUCUAUGUUUCUAUGUUCCUGAGCAAGGCUUUCCACACAGGCUCAGUGCCUGUAUUUUCCAUCCUCCUAAAUGCACCAUUUGCAGUUCACAAAGCCUCGAGUGGUGUAAUGGGGGUGACGAGAGCAAGCCAGAAUACUACUCACUCAGAAAUCUCCUCUGAAUGUCCCUUGAAGGCCAGUAAACACCUCCCCCCCCCCCCCCCCCCUUUAUAAAAAAAAAAGUAAAAUCAACUAAAGCACUCUAAAAAUAUAAUUUACCUUUUUUUGUCCCCCCCC